AUGAACACCGCCCGAUGUGGAAUAGAAGACAAGGUUUUUACGCCGCAUCGAGAUCGAGAACAGCAGUUCAAGUCGAAGAAGAGUUAUAGAUGGAAGUUGACUGAAAAAGACCUUCCAGUGCUUGGCGUAGCCAAAAUUCGUCAACAAAUUCAACAGUCAUUCAACGACUGGGCAAAGCAUUCGACGCUUACGUUUCAUGAAGCAUCCGAACAUGACGAAGCCGAUAUCAACCUAACCUUCGUUGAUAGAUAUCACAAGGAGGGUUAUCGCUUUGAUGGACCAAAUGGAGUUUUGGCGUAUACAGUCGAACCAUUCUCUGAAAGUAUUGUUUUUGAAUCGACAGAAGAAUGGACGGAUAAAUACAAUGGCGUUGGCUAUCAUCUUCGUCUUAUAGCGACACACCAAAUAGGUCAUGUUCUUGGACUAGACCAUUCCAAUGAUAAAUCAUCAGUGAUGUUUCCGUACUAUCGGUCCAUAAAAUCAGAAGAGAUCUUAUCAAAGACAGACCGCGCUCGCAUUCAAGCACUGUACGGAAAACCUGGAUUGACGGCGAUGCAUACAACUACUAGUGCCAUACGAACAACAGAAUCCGAAAAAGCAACAACAAUAACAACAUCAACGGAUAAAUCUUCCAAUGAAUUAAUCAAGUCUCGAAAAGAAAAUGGUCGUUUCAUUAAUUCAUUCAAUCCUAAAUUUAAAUUGCCUAAUCUAGGACAUGCUUUAAGUUGGAAGACCAGUGCACCGGACAAUACACGAUUACCGUUUACUAAAACAGAACUUGAUAAAAUUUUACCCGUUACUCAACAUAAGAAACCUAAAGAACUAUAUCGAACAACACCUGGUCUACGAUUUAUCUGGAUUGGACAUGCUUCAUGUUUUAUUCAAAUGAACAAUUUUCGAUUUCUUGUCGAUCCAGUUUUCAGUGAACGAUGUGGUAUGACAUCACUUGUUGGACCGAAACGUUUCCGUCCACCGGCAUUAACAAUAAAUGAUCUACCCGAUGAUCUCGAUGCUAUACUUAUUUCACAUAAUCAUUUUGAUCAUCUUGAUUAUCUUAGUGUAAAACGUUUAAAUGAACGUUAUGGUGAACGAUUAACUUGGUUCUGUGGUCGAGGUACUCGACAAUGGUUUCUCUUUAAUCGUGUAAAAAAUGUUGUCGAACUUGAUUGGUGGGAAGAGUAUCAUUUUUCGAAAAAAAAAGUGAACAUUGCUUUUUGUCCAGCUCAACACUGGAGUCAUCGUACUGCAUUUGAUAUGAAUAAAGCUUUAUGGGGUAGUUAUGCGGUUUGGGAUGCUACACAUAAAUUCUACUUUGCCGGUGAUACAGGUUAUACUCAUAACAUUUCAAUUUUUCGACAAAUUGGCAAUAAAUAUGGUCCAUUCGAUUUAAGUGCUAUACCGAUUGGUGCUUAUGAACCACGAUGGAUGAUGCAAGCUCAACAUGUAUCACCAGAUGAAGCUGUUCAAAUACAUAUUGAUGUUCAAUCAAAAAAAUCGAUCGGUAUUCAUUGGGGUACAUGGGCAUUGGCAAAUGAAUAUUUUAUGGAACCACCUAAGAAACUUGCUCAUGCAAUUGAAAACAAUGGACUCGAUCCGUCAUCAUUUAUCGUAGUUAAACAUGGUGAAAUUAUUGACUUACCUUAG